AUGCCACCGAAACCGCUUCGUGUGGUGCGUCUUAGUAGAACUUCGAACUAUGAGCAGAAGCGAAACCGUCUCCUAACAUAUCGCAUGGCACUUGCACAGCCCGGGUCUACAGUCCCGCUCCUUCAGAAUAAGCAAAACGCCCUUAGCCUUGCGGAUACACUCACCAAUAGCAAUUACCACGCCACUCCUAGGGAUUUAAGUAAGCCUCAGGCAGACGGUAGCUCAUCUUCCACUGCUUUGGGCUACACGCGUCGCUGGGUGCGCGAUCCGGACGAGCUUUGUGUGGCCUCGAUUCGUCGUAGCAAUAAUAUCAAUCGCAUUAGCUCCUAUAUCGCGACGUACAAAUUUAAAGAUCCACAGUGGAAACCGUUUUUGCUUCCAGAGGUGCAUGUCCUUGCCAAGGGUCGACCUCCUCACUCCGCCGACGAUACCAAGGGAACCGCGGAUCUAAGGGAUGAUAUAAUAGCCUCAAACGGAUCAUCUCUUCACGGAAGUGAACCACCAGGUCGGCAAACACCUCCUCCAGGUGGUUCGGGACCACCCACCGCCGCCUAUGACGUUUAUAUUGACUACAGUAAGCUAGUUAAUUUAGAACUGAUUUCACGCCAUGCCAACUUCGCUCUACGGCACCUCGUGCAGAAAGGGCACGCCAUGUAUUUUGUGAACUAUACGCAACACUCCAUCCUCGCGAUGCGCGGGCUUGUGGAGUCGUCCUACAUCACAUGCGCGUAUGGGAUUCGCGGUGAGCGUCUGCGGACCUACAUCACCCAUGUGGGUCCGCUGGACGUUCGGGAUGUGAUUGAGAUCGACCCCCUUACGCAGCGCGUGAGCUUCAACUUAGAAAAGAAGAGCAUCGUGAGGGGGGUGGUGGCCCUAUCCCAGGUCGAGGGCUACGGCACCUGGUUUCAACGCAAGCCCAUGCUAUGGCAGCGGACCCGUCGUGUAGGCGCGUUGCAGAGCCUCAUGGGCGCGUAUGACUAUCAGAUCUGUCCUCCCCACACCGUCGGCCGCGUGCGGGAUUACGAGGUCGCCCUCCUGGAGCCUCACGUGAAGCUCAUCGGGGGGGUGCGCAGGCGGUUGGCCUCAUCGCCUCCUCACAGGUCGCGCAGAACAGCCGACUCUACCUCGGGCAGUUCGAGGCCCCCGUGA